GAGAAACGACUUCACCCGGAACUCCAACUCUUGCUAUGUGUCUUCGGCUCUUCAAUCCCAGAAGGUAACAUCCCAUCCAGAGACUUCAAAUACUCAGUUUCACUUCCACUGAAUCUUUGCCCUUUUAGAUUAACUACUCCUAACUAGUCAUGACCCAUUUGCCAAAACUCAGGAUAGCUUCUAUUCCCAAUUGGGUUUCUUCUAUUUUGCAUGAAAAUCACCUUAGAUUACCAAGAACCCUAUUUCAGCCAUUUGGGGAUUUCCCCAAUGAUCAAAUCCCUAGACUUUACAGCACAAACAUGGCCCCUGAAACUGAAAACCAGGAAGUUUCAGUUAAAACUCCGACUUCUAGGGGCAGAAAAGCUACUCGAACUCAGCAUUACAUUAAAGUAGAAAUCCAAGCUGCAUUGUUGGAGUAUUUGCAUAGUACUAGAGGGUUACAGUUUACUGAUGCUGAGAAUAUUAGCAAAAACUGCCCACAUUUUCUAAACAAGCUUUACAAAAGGGUUGAUUGUGAGAGAGGGAUUAGGAGGUCCAUGGCUCGAUUCUUGCAAUACCACCCUAUUAAUGAAUUUGAACCAUUCUUUGAGAGCUUGGGUUUUGAACCUUCCGAGUGUAUUUCUCUUCUUCCGCGCAAUUUGAUGUAUUUGACUGAUGAUGAAUUGUUGCUUCAUAAUUAUAUUGUUCUAUCUAAUUAUGGGAUUCCUCCGAAUAAGAUAGGAAAGAUUUACAGGGAAGCAAGAGAGGUCUUUCGAUUUGAUUAUCAGGUUUUGGCAUCAAAACUUCAAGCUUAUGAAGGACUAGGUCUUGGUCGAUCUGCUUUGGUCCGCUAUGUUGUUGGUAGUCCUUAUCUUUUGGUUGGGGAUGUCAAUGCAGCAUUUCUAUCGGUAUUGGCAAAAUCGAAGAGCAUUGGAUUCGAGACCGAUAGUAUUGAGGGGAAUUUAUGGGAGGAUAACACUUAUCAUUGGAGCCGGGUGCUUGAACUUUUUAGUUUGUUCAGUGAGAUAGGUUGCAGUGAUGUCCAGUUGGGCAAGCUACUUGGCCACAACCCAGAUAUUUUAUUUGAAAAUUCAGGGGCAACAACAGUGUCACUGAUUGGGUUGUUACACAAAUUUGGAUUUACGAAGAGAGAGUUACAUUCAAUGUUUCUACAAUUUCCACAGAUUCCAGUAGCGAAAUUUGUUGCAAAUUUGAGACGGUGCAUUUUGUUCCUGGAUGAGAUUGACAUGGAGGCUGCAGAGAUUGCGAAGAUUGUGCAUUCUCACCCCCUGCUAUUGGGUUCUUGCUCUUUGAAAAAAACUAGCAGCUUACUUGGUACUCUGAAUGUUGGGAAGAAACGGCUGUCUCAAUACAUCCAGGAGAACCCAGAAGAAUUAAAGAAUUGGGUUUUGGGUAAAAAGCUUGAGUCAUUUCCAGAUUCCGAAUAUGAAGUUAGAUCAAGGGCUCAGAAAACUAAGUUCUUAUUAGAGAUAGGAUUUUUGGAGAACUCAACAAAAAUGAAAGCAGCGCUGAAGGCAUGUCGAGGCAACGGAGUGGAGCUUCAGGAAAGAUUUGAUUGUAUUGUAAAAGCUGGUUUGGAUCAGAAGGAUGUCUGUGAACUGAUUCAAUCAACCCCUCAAAUUCUUAACCAGACAACAGAUGUGAUUGCUAUGAAGAUCGACUGUCUUGUAAAUGAAUUGGGUUACCCCAUAUCAUCCUUGUUGACCGCCAGAAGUUAUCUAUCCCAUAAAAUGGAAAGGGUGAAGCUUAGGGUACGCAUGUUCAAUUGGCUUAAAGAUCAAGGAAUGGCCAAUGCUGGGCUUUCCUUGAGCACUCUAAUAUCUUGCUCUGAGAGUUAUUUUAUAAAGACCUAUGUACAUCGUCAUCCUGACGGUCCUCAAAUUUGGGACGAUUUGAAGAACGAAAUUGAAUCCAGUUGCUAAAAUAUUUGUUGCUUCUUCUGUUAAAUCUUUGCGUUGCUGCUUUUUGAAGUUUGGGACUAAACCUACAUUUUCUAGUUUCAAAACAUGACAAUAUUUGGUUAACAGGCAAGAUGACAUAGAAGCGAACUUCAGUUAACACCAAAUCGUUCGUAUUAUUGUAUAUAUAGAAGAGUCACUUUUACAGUGAAAAUGAUAGUUUUCUCCUUACCACAAAUACAUGAUUGACUUAUGUAUCAUAGCAUGACUGUUAUCUGGUUUAACCAGAAAUUC